CUCUCGGCAAAUUCUGACUGCAAUAUCGGAAGUGGAGGCGGUCAUGGCGACGAACAAUGGAGACGUAUUGAUGCUGGAGGCGGCGCCGGAGGCUGCGAGGCCAUGGGCGAGCGCGGCGAACGCAGAAGUUAUCGAUGCGCUUCCUUAUAUCGACGAUGACUACGGUAAUCCACUGAUUAAGGCGGAGGUCGACCGUUUGGUGGAAGAAGAAAUGCGUCGGAGCUCUAGGAAGCCGGCUGAUUUUCUCAAGGAGUUGCCUCCUCUUCCAAAGUUCGAUUUCGAGAACUGCCCAGUUCUUGGCAAAGAGUAUGAGCGUGUUCGAGCUGGGAAGCCUCCAGUGCGGAUCGAUUUUGAAUCCCGAUACAAGCUUGAACUGCCUCCUGCUAGUAAGAAAAAUGAUGAUGCUGCCUGGAAGCAGUAUCUUCAGAAGAAUCAACGGUCAUUGCAACAGAAGAUGAUCGAGCUUGAGAAUUUGGAAUUGAUGUCAAAACAUGGUCCCGAGCUUUGGAGACAGAACAACCAUCGGCUAGAAGUAUUCUUGACCAGAAUGCAAAGACUAGCUCAGGAGCAGAACGUGGAAAUUGAAAAAGUAAAUCGUGAAAGGAAGUAUCAUCAGCAAACCACAGCGUACGAGCUCAAUGCUCUGUCUCAAGAAUGGAGACAGCUCUGUGUGAAGAAUAUGGAGAUUCAGUCUGCUUGUGCCGUGCUUGAGACACAACUCGAUUCGUUCAAAAGGGAAGCUGCUGAAAGGGGAUGGAACUUAGAAGAGAAACUAGAGAGUGCCAAGCCGCUUCAACCGCAGUGAGACAACCUUGCUGGGGGCUGUUGGCGUCGCCCUUGCUUAAGCAAAUCGUAUAAGAUUUGUUAGUGAAAAAUGAUGUUUUUUUUAAAACCUUCUAUCAAUCUAUCAUGUCUUCUCUAUAUUUGAAUGUUUGUUUUUCAACCAUAUUAUUUAUAGUAUAUGAUAAUGAUUUUAUCUGAAAUAUAUUAGGCAAUGAGUGUUUCUGUUUAUGUAACGAACAAAUCACAUUUUUAGAAUGAUGCAGUGACCGGUUUACAAUU